UCUAUAUAAAAUUAACCAUUUAUCAAACAAUUAUUUCAGGAGGUACGUCUUUAUCCGCCCUUUGAGUUCCCGUCUCCAUCCAGACAUCAGCCCACCUGGAGGGGUUACUUCAGUUCAGUGGGCGUGGCCUGAUCACCGUGACGCAACAUUGCCCCAUAUCAGUGACGUCCAUCCCCUCCCUCCCUUUCCCCCCUUUUUACUCCCCGUGAAUAAAAACUCACAAUACCAAAUGAUGGUUAUAUUUUUGGGUGACAUUUAACACUUAUAUUCCAUUCAUGAUGUUUUUUUUAUAAAGAAGAGAGGAGGUGCAUUGCUUUGCCUCGACUCCACCGCCUCCACUCCCAACCCCCUCCCUCCCUAAUCUCCAGAUUGCCGGUGCCUCUUUGCGGCAAGCAAGCAAGCAUCCAGUCCAGUCCACGGCCGCUGCACCCGGGACCCCACCUACCGCGUCCACAUGCGAGAGACAUGCUCGCCUUCGUGCUGGUGUCCGGCUCGCUGUGGAUCCUUUUGGAGCUGAGUUCGACGCUGAUGGAGAAGAUGCAGGCCCAGGAGAUGCUGAGCGGCCUGAGGGUGCCAGACAUGGACGAUCUGGGCCGCUUCUUCAGCUCGCUGCCUACCUCCACGUUGGUGGGCAUCGGCGCCCUCGCUGCUGUGCUGGCGUACUGGCUGGCCACGAGGCCCCGUCCUAUCAAACCGCCAUGCAGCCUCCUGCAUCAGUCCGAGGAAGUGCCGCAUGAAGGCGGGGGUCGCAGGUCCAUGAUGUGCGACCGUUCCAAGCUGCUAACACAUUACCAUGACGACGCUAGGACAAUGUACGAGGUCUUCCAGCGAGGCCUCCAUAUAUCAGGUGAUGGGCCUUGCCUGGGCUCGCGACUCCCCAAUCAGCCUUACAAGUGGAUGUCCUACAAAGAGGUAACGUCCCGGGCUGAGCAUUUGGGAUCGGGCCUGUUGUACCAGGGCUGCAAGGCCAGUCCAGACCAGUUCAUCGGAGUCUUUGCUCAGAACCGGCCUGAGUGGAUAAUCUCGGAGCUAGCGUGCUACACAUAUUCCAUGGUGGUGGUGCCCCUCUACGACACGCUGGGUCCUGAUGCCAUACGCUUCAUCAUUAACACGGCUGACAUCUCCACGGUCAUCUGUGACAAGGUGGAGAAGGCACAGGUGUUGCUAGCUAAUGUGGAACGUGCGGAGACACCGGCCCUGCGCCGCAUCGUCCUCAUGGAUGUCCUGGAUUCUGCCCUGGUGGAGCGUGGACGCGGCUGUGGGGUCCACGUGCAGGCCAUGCAGGAAGUGGAGGGGCUGGGCAGAGAUUACCAUCGGAAACCUUUACCGCCCUCACCGGACGACCUUUCGAUCGUGUGCUUCACCAGUGGAACCACAGGAAACCCAAAGGGAGUGAUGCUCACCCAUGGGAACGUGGUGGCCGAUUUCUCGGGCUUCCUCAAAGUGACCGAUAAAGUGAUUUUCCCCAACCAGGACGACUGCCUCAUUUCCUUCCUGCCGCUGGCUCACAUGUUCGAGAGGCUUAUCGAGUCUGUGGUCUACUGCCACGGCGGGCGCAUCGGCUUCUACCAGGGCGACAUCCGCCAGCUCCCCGACGACAUGAAGACCCUCCGGCCCACCAUUUUCCCCGUGGUGCCCCGCCUGCUCAACCGCAUGUAUGAUAAGAUCUUCAGCCAGGCCAACAGUCCAUUGAAGCGCUGCCUCCUCAACUUUGCCGCCAAGAGAAAAGGCGCCGAAGUCAGUAGCGGCAUCAUUCGCAGCAACAGCGUCUGGGACAAAAUCUUCUUCAGCAAGAUUCAGGCCAGCCUGGGUGGGAGGCUGAGGAUGAUCAUAACAGGGGCAGCUCCCACAUCGCCCACUGUGCUGGGGUUCCUCAGAGCAGCUUUAGGAUGCCAGGUGUACGAGGCCUACGGGCAGACUGAGUGCACGGCCGGCUGCACUUUCACCACGCCCGGCGACUGGACGCCAGGUCAUGUCGGCGCACCGCUGCCGUGCAACCUCAUUAAACUGGUGGAUGUUCCCGAGAAGAACUACUUUGCCGCCAAGGGAGAGGGCGAGGUUUGUGUGAAGGGACCAAACGUAUUUAUGGGCUACCUCAAAGACCCCGAGAGGACCGCCGAGACUCUGGACCCGGACGGCUGGCUGCACACCGGCGACAUCGGCAAAUGGCUGCCCAACGGCACGUUGAAGAUCGUGGACAGGAAGAAGCACAUCUUCAAGCUGGCGCAGGGCGAGUACAUCUCCCCCGAGAAGAUCGAGAACAUUUACAUCCGGAGCGAGCCUGUGGCCCAGCUCUAUGUGCACGGAGACAGCCUUCAGUCCUGCCUGGUGGGGAUUGUGGUGCCCGACACGGAAGUCAUGCCCAUGUGGGCCAAGAAGAAAGGCAUCUUAGGCACCUACAAGGACCUUUGUAAAAACACUGAACUUAAGAAGGCCAUCCUUGAGGAUCUGGUGCGUCUGGGCAAGGCCAGCUCUUUGCACUCAUUUGAGCAGGUGAAGAACAUUUACAUCCACAGUGAGAUGUUCUCCAUUGAGAACGGCCUGCUGACACCCACGCUGAAAGCCAAGCGGCCCGAGCUGCGGGAGUUCUUCAAAGAGAAGAUCGAGCAGCUCUACAGCGCCAUCUCCAUGUGAGGGCAGACGUCCACAACGACAACAACGCACAUUGGGGGAGCAAGCAGCAAAAAAACAAGUCACCCUCCGUCCAUCCAGAUAGACCUCAACAUGCAGUUAGUUUCAUUUAAACAUCAAAGACAUGGACUUAUUAUUUUUUUGUAGGUUCACUCAAGGCUACCUCCUGCCUUACCAGUAAUGGCGGCCAUUUCAAGGCACACACCCCUCACUCUUCUCUUUCCGUUUUUUGUUGUUUUUGUUUGCACAAAACAAACAACAAAGAGGACUCGGCGGGGCAGUGCAUGAAGUUGCCCUGCAGGGAAAAUACAGAGCGACCAUUCACUUUUAAUUAAACAAGCUUUUUAUUAAGUGUUUUUUGUUUUGUUUUGUUUUUUUAAAUCACACACACGAGUAAUGUAGAAGCUUUUCAAGGUUGAUUCUUGUCCCAAAGCGUGAACAUGAAUGAUGUAUGUACAUACACGAGGACAGCUACACUAUAUAUGUAAGCUUAUUUAUUGACGACUCAAGUCGGCGUUUCAAGUGGGAUUUUUAUUACAUUUUGUUCUUUUCAUUGCGUGCGUGUGUAGUGGGACAAAUUGUAUGUAUUUAUUUCUCCUUUUUUCUGCAGUCGAAUCAGCAGCAUAUCCUUGUAAUAAUAAUAAUGAUGAUGACUGGGGGCAGGAAAUAAAAGAACAUUCUGGAAUGAUUUUAAA